GCAUGUUUAGGAGCAGAGUGCAUGAGGAAAGGUGACCAGAAUCCCAUUAAUGUGGAGGAAUCUCUUCUACAGUGUCGUUUUGCAUUGCUGAGGAAGAUAAAAGCUGGAGAACAUUCAACCAAGUUGUCCUCUUUGGGGCUCUAGACACACUGACAGCCGUUACAUCGACUCCACUCUGAACCAGUUGUACACUUUUCAAGGAGCAGAGUGUGACUCUCAGGUUUCCUGUUGCAGUCGUCGGCCUGCUGUGUUUUCAGCUUCACUCAGAGACUAAAUGGCUUCCAGAUUAGAGGAGGAUCUCUGCUGUCCUGUCUGCCAUGACAUCUUUAAAGAUCCUGUCAUGCUGUCAUGUAGCCACAGCUUCUGUAGAGUCUGUCUGCAGAUCUGGUGGACUGAGAAUCCAAACCGUCAGUGUCCAGUUUGUAAAAGAAGACAUUUAAAGCGUCAAUUACCUCCUAACUUGGUCCUGAAGAAUCUGUGUGAGAGCUUCUUACUGGAUAAACGUCAGAGAUGUUCAGAGUCUCUCUGCAGUCUGCACUCUGAGGAACUCAAACUCUUCUGUCUGGACCAUCAGCAGCCAGUGUGUCUCAUCUGCAGAGAUUCAGAAAAACACUCCAACCACACAUUCAGACCCAUCCAUGAAGCUGCACAACAACACAGGAAGCAACUUCAGCAAACUCUGGAGCCCUUAAAGAACAAAUUAAAGGUUUCUGAACAAGUUAAAGUCAAGUUUGAUCAAACAGCAAAACACAUUCGGGUCCAGACCCGACACACAGAGAGGCAGAUUCAGGAUCAGUUCAAGAAGCUUCACCAGUUUCUAAUGAAGGAAGAGGAGGCCAGGAUGGCUGCACUGAGGGAGGAAGAGGAGCAGAAGACUGGGAUGAUGAAGGAGAAGAUGGAGGCUCUGAGCAGAGAGAUAGCAGAUCUUUCAGACACAGUCAGAGCCACAGAGGAGCAGCUGAGAGCUGAAGACGUCUCAUUCCUGCUCAACUACAAGGCUGCAGUGGAAAGAGUCCAGCGCUGCCCCCUGCUGGAGGAUCCACAGCUGCACUCAGGAGCUCUGAUAGACCAGGCCAAACAUCUGGGCAACCUGAGCUUCAACAUCUGGAACAACAUGAAGGACAUGGUCUCCUACACUCCUCUCAUUCUGGACCCAAACACUGCAAAACCAACCGUUAUCCUGUCUGAAGAUCUGACCAGCGUGAAUUAUGGAAAUUAUCAGCAGCUUCCUGAUAAUCCAGAAAGAUUUAAAAAUGUCUUUUCAGUCCUGAGCUCUGAGGGCUUCAACUCAGGGACUCACUGCUGGGACGUCGAGGUUGGAGACAGUAAUUACUGGGAACUUGGUGUUUUAUCAGAAUCUGUCCAGAGGCAAGGAAACAUCCGAUCUGGAUCGUGGACAAUAUUGUUCUCUUUUGUGAAAUACUCAGCAGUCUCUCCAUCACAUCCAACCACUGAUCUACCAGUGAAGAAGAAACUCCAGAGGAUCAGAGUGAAUCUGGACUGGAACAAAGGAAAACUGUCCUUCUCUGAUCCUGAUACUAACACACACAUUCACACCUUCAUACACACUUUCACUGAGAGGAUGUUUCCAUUUUUUUUCAUUAGUUUAUCUCAUCCACUAAAGAUUCUACCAGUGAAGGUGUGUGUGACUGUAGAACAACACUAACAGAUGAUGAUGAUCUCUGUCACUAACAUGCAAACUCUCCAAAAGCCACAGACAAGGAGAAGAUUCCACAACAGGACUUUGUGAACUCUGAACACAAACACAGAAAACAGCAACAGACUUUGGACUGACAUCAAGAAAACAGUCUUUGUAUCCGUACAUCUUUCUCAGUCAGUGGAUUGUUUGACAUGACUAUGUUGUGAUCAGAAUAAUCAUCAGUUCAUCAUCAGAUUCUGAAGACAAAGAUCAAUAUUACUGUAGAAACAUUGAAUGACUUUGAUCAUCAGAUCAGUUCUGAAUAUGUUCUAUUCAUUUACUGACAAUAAAUUAGCUUUGAUAGUUAACUACAUAUAUUACUGAAUGACAUUUUAAACUGUGAUUUCUGUUUGACUUCAUUUCUUUUUAAAAUUUAGUUUACUUUUUAAAUAUUGGCUCAUAUUGUGCUUUAAGUCGCAUUGUAUUUGCUUUUCUCUUUGCUUUGGAAGUUCGCUGUGAUGAAAAAUGUUGUUUGUGUCUUUUGAUGCGUUUACAAAAUUGUAGUUUCCUUGUUAAAAUUUGCAUUGUAUCAUACAUGAGUUUUAUAUACUUCUGUGUGGAGAAUAAUAGUAAUUGAAUCCUUUCAUAAUUUUUAUUGUCCAGGAAAUUAAUUAUUGUUAUUUCUGCUUUUCUUCAUUCUCAAAUGACAUCAUUUUCAACCUGUAGAAAAGUGACUGCAGCUUCAUCACUGUGGCUGAAAUGUUAUUAAAGCUUGAACAUGACCUGAAUUGAUCUAUGAAGACUUUAUCAAACAUUAAAGCCAAUGUGAUAAC